AUGUGCUUCGUAUUCACCGAUCCUGACCUCAUCAUUGAUGAACCCGAAUUGCAAUCUGCCAACCUCAACAUGGACAAAAAAGGGGACACGCUGUCCGAGAACGAGGCCUCACUGGUCCUCCAGAGACAUGAGCCUCGUGAUUUUAAAGACCUGACAGGUCAUACUUUCAGUACAAUACCUCUAGAUUUCAAGCCAGUACUUACCAUACCAUGGACGGAGCGUCCUGACCAAGGCGUCUCGAAUCUUGCUGCAGACUUGACUAUCAUUGAGAAGUUCACCACAGCCACUCAGUCAGAACAACCGAUUACGACUAGUAUUCCACGAAGGCUCACCCCGGGUACUGAGAUAGAGAUAGUCACCAUUAUUGAUGGAACGAAGUUCAUCGCCCCGAGCAGCACGUCAGACGCAACGACCACCAGUCAGGAGUCAGAAAUCACUUCACCUAAGGAGACGACUACUGAUGUGCCCAGCUUAAGCACCGAGAAACCUCUACUCACUUCAUCCCCUAACAAAUCGGGUGAAGAAAGUUCUUGGACUACAUCAUACACAACCUCUUCAAGCACAGAACUUCGACCAUCCUCUCCCGCGAAUCCCUCUGGAGCACCUAUUCGCUCAGAUACCUCCGCAAUAGUCGCAGGAGCAGUAUGCGGAGGUUUAAUUAUCACCACUCUUGUAUUAUUCCUCUUUUAUGAGUUAUGGCGACGAUUUGAGACUCCAAAACUGCGACAUGAACCACGGCAUGGACCGCAUUACGAACCACGACAUCAACCGCAUUAUGAACCACAACACCAACCGCAUUAUGAACUGCGACAUGGACCACGAUAUGAGCCAUCAACUAAUAUAACUUUGAGUUUCCCUCAGAACCAUGUCGAGGUACAGCCCCAACAACCGGUUCCGGAUUAUGGAUGGAAAGCUUGA